UUUCCUGCAAACAUCCUGACACUGAGGACACAAGGAUGUCUUGGCCUGCCCUGUACGCUCAGCUGGUCGGGGCGAACCGUCACUCCACCAGCCUGGGUAAAACCUGGCUCUCUGUGCUUUUUAUUUUCCGGGUCAUGGUGCUGGUUGUUGCUGCAGAGAGCGUCUGGGGGGACGAGCAGUCUGACUUCACCUGUAACACACUACAGCCUGGCUGUGAGAACGUCUGUUACGAUCAGUUCUUUCCCGUCUCCCACAUCCGUCUCUGGUGUCUUCAGCUCGUCUUUGUCUCUGCACCGACGCUCCUGGUUGCCAUGUAUGUGGCCUAUCGUAACCACAGAGAUAAGAGGAAGCUCCUUCAGAGUUCUGGCAGAGCUGGCUUCCUCAGCACAAAGGGCCUGGAUGAGGAGCUGGAGACUCUGAAGAAGCGAAGGCUCCCGAUCACUGGUGCCCUCUGGUGGACAUACGCCUGCAGUCUCGUGUUCAGGCUGCUGUUUGAAGCAGGAUUCAUGUAUGCCCUGUAUGUGGUGUACGAUGGCUUCCAGAUGCCACGGCUGGUGCAGUGUGAUCAGUGGCCAUGUCCUAACCUGGUGGACUGUUUCAUCUCACGUCCCACUGAGAAAACCAUCUUCACUGUUUUCAUGGCCACUGCCUCGUCUAUCUGCAUGGUCCUUAACGUGGCUGAACUUGUAUAUCUUGUCGCCAAGGCUGUCAACAGGGGUCUGUGUGAUCAGAGAGAGAGGAAAUCAUGCAGCAAAGAGCGGAUGCGGAACAGGACCAACCAGAGGUCACUUGUUUCAACCUGAGAACACAGCAAGAAGACGGAGGGUG